AUGACGGAAAACAAUAUUGCCCCCUCUACUACGCAGCCUGCGACUUUGCCUGCCCCUGUCGCGGAGCCUCCCAUCCAGGCCACGGCGGCAGCUACCGCCUCGGUCACCGCGACCGCGGCCGCUGCCACCGCUGCGGUCAACAGCCCCUCCAUGAAUGGAGGAGGCGAGCAGCUGCCUUGCCAAUGGGUUGGCUGUACGGAGAAGUCCCCCACUGCCGAGGCUCUCUAUGAGCACGUCUGCGAACGCCACGUUGGCCGCAAGAGCACUAACAACCUCAACCUCACCUGCCAGUGGGGUACCUGUAAUACUACGACCGUCAAGCGGGACCACAUCACCUCUCACAUUCGGGUACACGUGCCCCUCAAGCCUCACAAGUGUGACUUUUGUGGCAAGGCGUUCAAGCGCCCCCAGGAUCUGAAGAAACAUGUCAAGACCCAUGCCGAUGACUCCGAGAUUCGGUCUCCCGAGCCAGGCAUGAAGCACCCUGACAUGAUGUUCCCUCAGAACCCCAAGGGAUAUGCCGCUGCCACCCAUUACUUUGAGAGCCCUAUCAACGGCGUCAACCCCCAAUAUGCACACGCCGCCCCUCAGUACUAUCAACCACACCCUCCCCCUCAGGCCGCCAACCCGCAUUCUUACGGCAACGUGUACUACGCCCUGAGCCAGGGCCAAGACGGAAACCAUGCCUACGAUCGCAAGCGCGGCUACGACGCACUCAAUGAGUUCUUCGGCGACCUCAAGCGUCGCCAGUUCGAUCCUAACUCCUAUACCGCCGUUGGCCAACGUCUCCUCGGCUUGCAGGCUCUCCAGCUCCCUAUCCUCAAUGGCCCCGUUCCUGAAUACCAGCAAAUCCCUGCACCUGUCGCCGUCGGCGGCGGUGGUGGUUACAGCCCUGGUGGCUCCCAGCCUCCUGGAUACCACCUUCCCCCGAUGUCCAACGUCCGAACCAAGAACGACCUGCUCAACAUAGACCAGUUCCUCGAGCAGAUGCAGAACACCAUCUACGAGAGCGACGAGAAUGUAGCAGCUGCUGGCGUCGCCCAGCCCGGUGCUCAUUACGUUCACGGUGGUAUGAACUAUCGCGCAACACACUCUCCUCCCACUCAACUCCCACCCAGCCAUGUCACCGCCACACCCGGCCCUAUGAUGCCCGCUCAAGCCCAUUCCCCGUCGGUCGGCACUCCCGCCCUGACUCCCCCCUCCAGCGCCCAGUCAUACACCUCGCAACGCUCUCCUAUCUCCAUGCACCACGCGCAGCGCGUGUCUCCUCCCCAUGAGAGCGGUGCGGGCAUGUACCCGCGUCUGCCGUCCGCCACUGUCGCCGACAGCAUGACGGCCGGAUACCCAACCACGUCAGGAGCCGCCCCGCCCUCGACCCUGAGCGGCGCGUACGAUCACGACGACCGUCGCCGAUACACCGGUGGCACUCUGCAGCGCGCCCGCCCAGCCGAGCGAGCCGCUACCGAGGACCGCAUGGAUGUCUCUCAGGACAAGGAAGGCGACCGUACCCCGACCAAGGAGCGCCCCAUGCACAUCUCGGAGAGCUUGAUUGAUCCCGCUCUGUCCGGUGCGUCGCCCGAUCCCGACCAGGAGGUCGCUCAGCGCACUGCACAGGCUGCCACUGAAGUUGCCGAACGCGAUGUCAAUGUCGCUUGGGUUGAGAAGGUUCGUCUGUUGGAGAACCUUCGUCGCUUGGUCUCCGAGCUUUUGGAGGCCGAUGGCCAGACCGCCCCUGCGCAAAGUAACUCUGCUUCCCCCACACCUGGGCUUGAUGCCAUGGAGGGAGUCGAGACUGCCUCGCGCGCCGCUUCCGAACAGCCGAGGGAGGAGUCUGCCAAGGCCGAGAGCACAGUCUUCUACCCGACGUUACGUGGGCUGGAUGAGGAUGGAGACUCUAAAAUGCCUGGCGAUGAUGCUUGA